AUGUCUGAAUUCCCCUGGCCCCAUCCCUCUCACGCCGAAGACCAACCCUACGCGAAGACAUUGCUAUAUGUGCACGUCUUCCAUCGUGGUUUCGAGGCUGGCGGGGUCAUCGGCCUGUUUUAUGCGAACUAUAAACUGUACAAACACCGCCAACAACUCAAACUCACCCCUCCGCAGCAAGCUGCUCUAGGAGGAGUCGGCAAAAAUGCUGGAAUGAGGAAUAUUUUCUAUCCUACCAUGGCCAGGGCAUCGCUCAUCGGCGCCGGGGCGUCUAUGGUCCUGCUCACGGCGCGGAUGUGGGGUGCUGAAGAGGUGGAAUGGCAGGAUCGGAGUUGGAGGUUGCUUGAGAAUGAGGGCCAGGUAAUGCAUGAUUUGUAUGCGGAUGUCGGCGCGGGUAUAGCUGCGUCCACCAUCUUCGUUGCGGGGGGUAGUAGACCCCCGUUGUCGUUGAUGGUGAGGGAGAUGGUGGGCAGAGCUGGUCUCGGGGCUGUGGUUGGGUUUGUGGGUUGUGAGGUUGUGAGGAAGUACAAGCUUUAUGCUUCUAAAGACUGA